AUGCCCCGAAGGAAGCUAAAGCAAGACACGUCGUUUGUUUCAGAGCGACGCACCCCGACGAGACUCGAGGACAUGUCGCAUACGGAAAAACGAGACGAACUGUACAGGUUGCUUUGCGUCGCGAUCGAUACAUCGACGAUACGACCCUUCCGCUGGUUCAACAACAAGUUCAUGUGCUUCUACUGCUGCAUUCCUUUCGUGCACAGUUCGAAGCUGAAGGAGCACAUGGCGGAAGAGCACGCCGACGUCAAAGUAACGAACGCGAUUCGUAGGGUGUUGAACACGGCCCGCGUGAAACUGGACAUUUCGGAUCUGAGCUGCAAGAUAUGCGCGGAGGGAUUUUCGAGAUUCGACUUGUUCUUGGAACACGCUACCGAUACACACAAAUUACGCCUCAAUAGAGAGGUCGGGAAGUGUCUGUUCGUGUUCAAAUUGGACGAUUACGUGAUGUCGUGUUGCGACUGCGGCGAGAGCUUCAGGUUCUUCGGUUCGCUUCUGAAGCACGCUCACAAGUUCCACAAUAAGGACAGCGUUUUCCUGUGCGAGACUUGCGGCGAAGGAUUCGUGAACAAAGCGAACCUGGAGAGCCACGUCCGAAACGUGCACCACUCGAACCACAAGUGCACCGAAUGCGAGAAGGUGUACAAGAAUCACACGGCCCUAAAGAACCACAUCGAUAAGGACCACAAGAAUCUGUUCAAAUGCCCGAAAUGCCCCGAAGUUUUGGGCAGUAGGUACUUGAAAUUGCGACAUUUGGCGCUCGUGCACGACGAAAAGAUGCUCCAGUUGAAAUGUGAUCAUUGUCCGCAAGUGUUCACUACGAAUCGCGUUUUAGUUCAGCAUACAUUGCGCGUUCACAUGAAAGAGAAGACGGUCACUUGCGACCUCUGCGGCUUUAAAAUGUUCGAUAAAGAGGCGCUGGUCAGGCACAUGGUUAGACACGACGACUCGAGGCCGUUUGAAUGCGACGUUUGCAAAAAAAGCUUCCAGAGAAAGAAGACUUUAACUUUACACAAAAGAAUACACACGAACGAUCGUCGUUACGUGUGCAAAGUUUGCGGGAAAGCUUUCGUUCAAGCCACGAGUCUUAAGCUUCACAUGAGGGUGCAUCAUUCGAGUUAUUGA